AAUGACGGCACUGGUGCUCGCGCCUUGAUCAAAUAUCGGCGGAUUCCCCCCCCAAAAAACGUUAUUUUCAAAACGCAAUAACGACGGUUGCUAAUAAACAUGUCUUGUAUCCGCAGGGUGAACGGACAAUUCCCGUGUAUGAGCCCCGCUGUCAGCUGCUCCCGCCUGCGCCAUGUCCAGUCACUGCUGUGGGAGGGGGAAGCCAGCCCUGAUGGGAUUCUUUGCUCUCUGGGGAUUGACAGCAGGUAUAAUGAGGGCUGCAGUGAGCUGGCCAACUACCUGUUCUACGGACUGUACCGGAAGAACCAGCUGAACCUGGAGCACAUUCUGGAGGACUUCCCUGAGGAGGUGCUGGAUGAUGUGAUCGUGCUGAUCAAGGCAGAGAGUGUUCACCUGUACUGUAACCCAAUCAACUACAAUUACCUGCUGCCCUACGUCUCCCACUGGAGGAAUCUCUCCAUACACUGCCUUACCCAGCCAGAGUAUGAAGACGAGGAAGCAGCGGAGGAGUUUAAGAUCUCCAGCUUUGUGAGCAUGGUUCAAGACUGCAGCCGUAUUGGAGUUCCUUACAGCACCCAGGGCCACAUCCAGACGUUUGACAUGUUUAUGAUAGAGAAGUGGCCCAUCAUUCAGGCCUUUGCUUUGGAGGGGAUCGGUGGAGGAAGCUUCUUCACCAUGAAAUACAAGUUGAUGGACAUUAGUGAGAAGCUGUGGCAGACCUACACCAGAUUGGACCCUGUGUCCCUAGACAACCUGCUGACUGAGGACCUGGUGUUGUUUGAGAAGCAGUGGAGCAGUUUCUUCUCCAGCUUUGACAUCGAGAGCCAUCUGUCUAUCCUGGAACUGUCUGAGGCUCAGGCAGGGGAGGCGUUCCGGAGUUAUUUCUCUCAUGGCCUGAUCUCCAGUAACAUCGCUGACAGCAGCAGGAGACGGCAGCCCUUGGUUCUGUUUGGGAGCCACUCCUCCAUGGAGAACCUUCACAGCUACUCCUUCAACUUCCCUUCUGAUGGACACCAGGUCCGCAACACCGGACCCCAGGGGACCUCAGCCAAACACAUGGUUCUCCAGUGUGUGGCUCCUAAAGGAUCUUUAGCCUGCUCCAGGACUUACUUCUUUGGAACCACUCACAUCCCCUACCUAGGGAAUGACAACAUGCAACAGAAGAAAACAGAACUCCUUCUUCUCUCUCAGAUCUAUGCAGCAGCCGUCCAGUCGGUCCUGGCUGGAAUCAAAUGCUACUCCAACACCACAAGUGCUACUAAGGCGAAGGACGUAGCAGAGCAUACCUUCCAUCUGGCACUGGACUCGGUCCACCUGCCUCAGUACAGAACUGCUCUCAGAUCUAAAAGUGUUUUCCACAUCCAAGCUGUGAACAACCAGGGCAGAAUUGUUCCUCUGAGUGAGGAAGGGAGCUGCUUCUUGGUGAAAACUGCGUCCAUGUCAGUGUACGACAUCCCAGACCUCCAGUGGGGGAAAGGAGACCUGGGCUCUGUAGUCUUCUCUGAGUCCUUCUUGGUGUCCAGCAUCAACAUCCAACAGAAAGAUGGAAGUGUUUCCUCAGACAGCUGCUACACCAUCCUGACGACAGCUCUGCCUCGAUACGUCUGCUGGCUGGUGGAGUCUGAUGUGAAGCAUUCUGAGAAGGCCCAGGUCCUGCUGAAGGAGGAGGAGGGUACCUGCCUGGGCACCUCUUUGACUACAGCAGACACAGCUCAUGUGUUCUCCAACAGCCUGCUCUCCACUCCAGAGGAAGGUAAGAUGAGCUUCUUCACAGAGGGCAUCCUGUUCCUCCAUCCUCAGUACGGCACCAUCAGUCUACCCAGGAGCCUCAUCAGCCGGAUCAAGUUGUAUGACCUGGACUCGUCGAGCGUGGUGGCAGCUCUGUUUGUACAGUAUGAAGCUGCUCUGCUGUCCCACCUGCCCUUCCCUCUCCACAGUGACGACCACUGUUUGGUCUUCAGCCUCCAGCCACGCUCACAGAGUCACCGAGCCUUCUACUCACAGGUGUUACCAGUGUGGCAGGGGUCCGACUCUGGACUCUCUCUGCAGCUGGUGGACAGAGAACAGCUGACCUGUGAUCAGAGGAACAUGCACUCCAGACUGCAGUGGUUGCAUGACUGCCACGCCCCCCCUGUGGCCAAACGCAGAGGCAGCCUGAAGGCCUCAUACUCCCAGCUACCAGAACAGGAGAUGUUCCUGCAGCACUUUGCUCUGAGCAGUGUGGGUCAGGAGCCCAUCCAGGAUGACCACCUGGGGGCACUGUUCUCCACGCCAGACACCAGGAACCCUCUGGCAGGACGCACUGACAAGGUGGUUAUAACCAUCAUCUCUGGACUACCGGGCAGCCACAAGAACAGACUGGUUAACUUCCUGGUCCAGCUGAAUAGAGAAGGAGGAAGGUGGGUUGUCUACCGUCCAGGUCCAGACUGCAGUGAUUGUUUCUCCACCUCCCACUUCCAGCGCUACCUGUCCUGCUUCCUGGAGACACAGAGAGCACCUGGAGGGAAGCCCCGACUACUGCUGCUCACUCCUGGAUGUACAGAUGUAUUAGACGUGGUCCAGGCGGUCCUGUCCCAUCCAGAUGCUGUGGUCCAGGCCUGUUUCACCAUCGGGGCGGUCACAGCCUGUGUGGACCCUCUCAGCUCGUACAUGGAACACAGAUUUGUCUUCCCGAAGCUGGUGGAGCAGUGCAGCCAAGGUAUAGUGAGUACGGUCGUCUUCACUGGACUGGCAGCAGAACAGAAGAACCCUCUCCUCCAAACCGUACAGCAGCUGAUCCGGUCAGCCAAUCCCAACGCUGUCUUCAUCCUGGCAGAGAGAGGAGCCGUUACCAGGAAUGAGGAUGUGAAGAUGAUUUUGUCUGAGAGCAGCUUCUCUGAGGCGCAGAUGAUGAGAGCACGCUAUCUGCUCUACCCUGGCUGGUGUAAAGGCCGGUUCAUCAGUGGCUGUGGGUCCCUGUCUUUGGGCCACCAAUAUGUGAUGUUCAACCUUCCCCUGGAGAGACCUCUGUUUCUGAAACACUGUAAAGCCUUCAAGUCAGCUCUGAGACCAAACCCUUUCAGAGGAAACGUCUACAACGUCUCGGGGAAGGUCCUCUUCUCUGACUCUGAGAGGAUGAUGGAGGUGAGCUACAACACUGUGAGUGGGAACCUCCGUAUCACUCAGCAGCCCUUGGGGGACAGCCACCAGGGAGACCAGGAGCCCUCUGGAUGCUUCCUGCUGUUCCAUGGAGUGGGAUUGACACAGGAGGCCCUGAAGGACUGGCUGAGGAUCUGUGUAAAACAGAAGGAGGAGAGGAAGGUGAAGAAGACCCACACCAGCCUCUCUCCUCAGGAAAUCAGGACCAUCCAUGUGAAGAGGCAUCUGGACCCUCUGCCUCCAGGCUUCUUCUACAACGGACAACAGUACGUCAGUUUCUUUGGGGAGAAGAACAGCUUCCAUCCACAAAUGGACCAGUUCAUAGCGGAGUAUGUUGAGGAGGCCAACCGAGAGAUCGACCUCUUCAACAAUCAGCUGGAGCAGCAGCAGCACCAGGACCUGUUUGACCCUUAGUGACCCCCAAGGUUGGGGUUAGAGGUCGUCUGUCUCGUCCUUUUACUGUUUGUCCUCUUCAGCACAUCUCAAAGGGAAACAAAUGGGGAAACUAUACCAUACAUCCUGUCACCUCCACUAUACCAUACAUCCUGUCACCAUACAUAUAGGGGUGAUAAACAUAACUGAAUCAAGACAUUAUUAUGGUGAGAGAGCACAAGCUUUCUGUGCAGAUAAGAGGUUCAACUUUACAUUGUCAGUCAGUAUCAUCCUAGGUAUGUUUCUAAUAGGCCAGUAGAAUUGGUUCUAUUUGUAGCCUGGCUGUUGGCAUUAUUAAAACACUCCUUUCUCGUC